CGGGUUUUCUAGCUUGCCUCCUUCUCGUCCAACUCACACACACUGUCAGAGCGCGGAGUUGACAACCUCUGUCCACUUUAGCCGUUGCGAGGCAGCCUGCUCUUUCCUCAGCUGAAGCUCUCAUUGACUCGGGUCUGUGUCCUCAUGCAAGGCUACUGAAGAAGCUCUGAGAAUCAGGUUUUUUCUUCUCUCUUUGCUCCUGAAUCCCUCAGAUCGGACUCAUCAACGCUUCAUUACAGCAAAGCUCCUAAAGACAAGAGAAUACAAAAUAAGUGAACGUUUAAUUUCAAGACUUGUCACUGCCUACUAAUACUCUUCACGAUGUCUGGCGAUGAUGCACCUGCUCAGCAGCAAAACGCCGAGGAAACGAAGCAAGAGAAUGAACCCAGCGACGAGCCGAAAGCUGAGUCUAAGCCGGAGUCACCGCCAGUCAGUUCAACCGAGGCGGCAGCCACACCGGCGGCGACCGAGAAGGUCCCCGAGGAAGAGCAGUUUACCUACCGCUCCCUGGUCCUUUCCGGCUACGGGGGCUAUGAUAAGGUGAAACUGCAGGUGAAGAAGGGGAAGCCGGCACUCAAGGCCGGAGAAGUCAUGGUGCGGGUCAAGGCAUGCGGGCUGAACUUUGCCGACCUGCUGGCCCGGCAGGGUCUGUACGACCGCCUGCCGUCCCCGCCUGUCACGCCGGGGAUGGAAUGCUCCGGGGAAAUCGAGGCUGUGGGAGAAGAGGUGACGGAUAGAAAAGUGGGUGACAAGGUGCUGGUGCUCAACCGCUGUGGGCUGUGGCAGGAGGUGGCCGUGGUGCCCGCUACCCACACGUUCCUCAUCCCAGAGGGCAUGACUUUUGAGGAGGCCGCCGCCCUCCCCGUCAACUACAUCACCGCCUACAUGAUGCUGUUUGACUUUGGCAACCUGAGGCCCAACCAGAGCAUCCUCAUUCACUCUGCUGCAGGUGGGGUGGGCAUCGCGGCCACCCAGCUGUGCCAGACAGUGAAGGAUGUGACCGUGUUCGGGACGGCGUCGGCCAGUAAGCACGAGACCAUCAGCCAGGGCGGAGUCACGCACUGCAUUGACUACCGUACACGGGACUACGUGGAGGAGGUCCGCAAGAUCAGCCCCAAAGGGCUGGAUAUUGUGCUGGAUCCUCUGGGAGGCUCAGACACCCACAAGGCGUACAACCUGCUGAAGCCCAUGGGCAAGCUCAUCACCUACGGUGCAGCUAACAUGCUAGCAGGCCAGAAGAAGAACCUUCUGGCGGUGGCUAAGACCUGGUACCACCAGUUCUCCAUCCACACGCUCAGCCUGAUCCAGAACAACAAGUCAGUGUGUGGCUUCCACCUGGGCUACCUGGACGGAGAGGUGGAGGUCAUCCUGCAGGCCAUGACCACCAUCCUGGACCUCUAUAGGCAGGGCAAGAUCAAACCACGCAUCGACUCCACCUAUCACCUCGAACAGGUGGGCGAUGCCAUGCGGAGAAUGCAGGAGAGGAACAACAUCGGCAAGGUGAUCCUCAUCACUGAGCCUAUGCCAGAGGAGGAGAAGAAAGAGGAGCCGAAGAAAGAGGAGAAGAAGGAGGACAAGAAAAAGGAGGACAAGAAGAAAGACGACAAGAAGAAGGAUGACUCCAAGAAGGAGGACAAGAAAGAAGAGAAGAAGAAGGAAGAGCCGAAGAAGGAGGAGAAAAACGAGGAGAAAAGCGAGGUGAAGAAAGAGGAGAAGAAGGAGGAGCCCAAGAAAGAGGAGAAGUGAGAGUGAGGGAUUGAUGGAUGGAUAGUCAGGCAGGCAGACCAUCGGGGAGCUCUUGUCCUGGGAGCAGGGGUUUGGUUUGGGAGGGGGUGACAGGGCAGGGGAAAUGUGGUGGGGGAGGGAAAGGGAGGUGUGGUGUGUGUGGGUUGGACUUGGGAGAGCGGGGGAUGGGGGUGGGCUUUAUAGACUCAUUGCACAGCAGUCAAUCUGUCAUCCCUACCAUCAUCUCUCAGACCCCUCCCCAGUCCACUCUGACAGCGAAUACUCAGGCCUGGGCCUAUACCCACCCCUCCUCCCCUCUCUCUCCUCCCCCACUCAAGCAAGGGUCACUUUAUUUCUGAAUCCCCAGUGCAUCUUAAUGACAGCCGGGCUCACAAAACAGUUCCCGCCCUCACCUCGCCACCAUGGGAAAAUCCUAUGACUCAUGUCAUAACAGUCUGAAGGUGUUGCCUGUUGAGACCCCAGAGAGAGUCAGAGAGAGAGAGACACACACAGAGGGACGGUGUGGGUAUAAUGCCCAGGCCUGGGGCGCAUCACUGUUGCCUUGACAACGAUAAUUCGACCCAUUCCAACUCACACAGUGCCCCUCCUCCCUCCAUGUCGACUCCCACUAUGCUAGAUUGCCCUGCGCUGACUUCCACCUGCCACCUCUCCUUCCUCUCCCUCUACUGAGUUCCCCCUACCCUCCCCCUCUCCCUAUGGUAUAAACCCACAGACAGACCGACAGACAGAACCACACCCACCCACCAUCUCACAUACGGUCCAGUGUUGUGUUAUGUCACUGUGCAUGAGUCAGUCAGUGCUUGCUUGUCUGUGAUUGGCUAUCAGCUCCCCUGGAGAUGUUUGCAUGGCUGUGUGAUGCUUGACUCCAAAGCCAGUGGUUUACAGAACUCCCCUGUCAAUCAUCACGACCCAUUCUUUAUUUAAGUAUAUAAAGAAAGGUUAGUGGCACAUCCCUUAAAUGCCAUGGCACUUCUAGUAUCACAAAGCUCCACCUCACAGCUGAGCCCACACUACAUGUCCCAUAAUCCUAGAGGUGACACACUAGAGACCAGACGAUAGCGUGUGACAGGACAAAGCUCCAGACAGUGAAUUAAUGAGCCAUUUGGUCCAGUAUUCGAUAGGGAGGGAGAAAUCAGGGCUUAGUCUUGGUGCUCUGUAGUCACUGAUGUUUCUAAUGAACCAACUGUUGGCAAGCAGCGCACAGUGCCAAUUAGGAGAGAAAAUUGUUUCUCUUCAAACAAGGGGCACAAACACACACACACACACACACACAGGACGAUGUGUUCAAAGAGGCAGUGUUGUGUAGAGACACUAAAACAUUUGAAUGGAGUAAGAUAGAGUGAAUGCCGCCCAGUUCCUUGAUAUCAGACCCUGUUGCUCCCCUGACAUUCCACUCCUUUCACAGUGACCGCUCGCUCGCCUGUCCUUCGCCCUGAUCUGGAACAGGGGAGUUUAGAAGGGUAAAAGAAAAAAAAAAACUCCUUCUGGUGUGCAUUCUCACCCAUCCCUCCCCCUUCUCCUUUCUCUCCAUCUCUCUCUCUCUGUGGUCGGCAUAGCAACAGGCAACAGGCUGGUCAGAGAUGGCGCUGUGGUCUAUUUCUCAGUCUAUCUGAGUGAGUGAGUGAGUAGUAAAGUGUCUAAUGAAACCCCCGGCUUUAGUACUGAAGCUGUAGUACAGAGCAGUAAAAUCAGGCUAACAUCCUAGUUACUACACUCUACACUACUACACUCAGCAUAUUAUGAGGACAUUCAAAUCCCAUAUAGUCUGUGUGGGGGUGGCACACCUAGGGUCGCAAUCAAUAGUUGGCCUCUCCCAUACGAAUGCCCCUUGUGGACAUAAUGUAGAACAGCAAGACUGGUUUUCAGAAGUUGAUUAUAGGGGACUCAUUUGUAUCUAUAAAGCAGGGUUUUGUUUUCAACCUCCUCCAAAUUAUAUUGAAUUCAUCUGAUACUCAUUCUUACGUCAGAGAUGAAUUGUCUAUAAUAAACCAUGGACGGAAGCUAAACCCGUUAUGAGCAGGAGCCCUGCAGUACGGACUUCAAAAACACCCCACUACUAUCCCAUUUGGAAACAUGUGAGAAUCCAUGCUCUUCACACACUUGCCUGUCUGCCUGCCUGUCUGUCUGUGAAGCGUCUCAGAUGGUGACUAUAGUGACUUUGCAAAGAAGCUGUUGUGCUAUAAUGAGUGGCCUCCCUCAUGUCGUGUUGUCAGUCAUUGUGUGUGAAGAUGUGCGUGUCCUCAGGUCGUUUGUCAGGUUACAAAAAAAAGACUCCCACCUGCCCCUCCUCAACCCCAUUACAACCUCCCCUUCCUUACACUCUUUAUCUGCUUCACAGCUGUCUAGCUCUCUUUCUCUCUCUCCUCCCCUUCUCUGAUGAGGCCAAUGUUAAGAGGACAGUUGGUAUAGGUAUUUUGCACUCUGCUCGCUGAUCUUAAUGUACUUCCAGGCAUGGCAGUCCCGCUCCAGUCCCGCUGGCUCUGAGUCCGCUCCGCUCUUUCCCCACUCAAAGAGACCAUACUGUAUCUGCUGAAACUCACGGGAAGUACAGUGGAAGUGACAUUUUUGCAUGCACGCGAAACACAAGCACACAUCUCCUCCUCUACCCUCUGCCAGCUUCUCCUGGGUGGCAGCUCAAAUGAAACCAUUCAUUCAUCCAGGGCUGUGAAAGUGACGACCCGGUGUAGCGGGGACAGCAGUGGGCCUGGGACGGAGUGUGAGUGCCAUGCCGGUGUGGGGAGUGACUGUGUUCUGUCAGGCUCUGGUUAGUGUUAUUUUCUGAUCUGCUGGGCUCUGUCUGUGAACCUGUGGACAGUGUUUCUGUUUUCUGAAUGCCAUGUGAGAAUCUCAUGCUUCAGUAAAAGGAUGUUUUACUUAAUGUUUUUUUUUUUUUUUUUUGACCUGUGUUUUUUUUGUUUUGUUUUCCAAGGGGUUUAAAGUUCAAAGUUCAUACUCUUUACGGUGGGACCUGCCUAACUACAUUCCUUUUCAAUGUGAUGAGCCUUUCUGUUGGGCCUGACCAUUUGUGCCAAACUGUAUGUACUCCUCUGUCAAUGCCUUGACUACAACGGUGCAUUCAAUGAAAAGGAGAAGAAAACAAAAA